AUGGAGACUGUUGCUAAAACAGACCCAGGAACCAUCUCUCUGUACCCUAAACAAAGGUUCCUGGAGCUCCUGAUGACAGUGCAUGGAGGACAGGCGCCCAGUAGUUCCUCCAUUUCGCCUCCUACCACCCCCAAGCAGCAGCAAGACACUAGCCACCCGAUCUCCACUGUCCCGGAAUUGUUCUUCGUGCAAAAAAUGGAGCUCUGGCACGCCUUGGUGAUCGCGGCUGUGUCCGUGUCCCUGCAGGCUGGCCUCCUGGUGGUCAUCUACUACCUGCUCAGCCGGCGCCUAGCCAGGCACAGUGAGAAUAUACUGAAAGAGGUCAGACCGCAGGACGUCAUGCCCAGCCCUGCCGACCAGCCCCCACCUGGUGCCCAGGUGACUCAGGCAGAAAGAAGCACCCCUGAGUCUGAUCUGCACUAUAGACAUGACAGCGACACAUCCUCAGGCAGCUCCAGCAGCUCUGGCAGCUCACCUCCCACCUGUCAGGGCAUCAAAGAUAUGAAUUACACACAUGUCGUCUUUCCAGACCCUGAGAGACUGAAAACUGAAUCUACAUUGGACUAUGAAAACAUAAAGGAAGACAAAGAUUAUGUCAAUAUGAACCCCCAAAUUUGCAAGCCCACCGUCUGGACUUUUGUGAAUCCUGCUGUGUCUGAGCCAGUGGAAUACACUCAGGUGGCCAUGUGAAUUUUAAUGUGCUAUUUGCUC